AUGACAACAAAACCUGCAACCGCGGUGGUCAAUGUGGGAGCUCCAAACCAAACUUUAUACUGCACGAAUCUCCCAGACAAGCUGAAAAAGCCGGAUUUGCGACUAGCCCUUUACGCACUUUUCUCAACCUAUGGCACAGUCCUCGACGUCGUCGCAAUGAAAACAGCAAAGAUGCGAGGUCAAGCUCAUGUUGUAUUCAGAGACAUUCAGGCUAGUACUCAGGCAAUGCGAGCGUUGCAGGGCUUUGAGUUCUUCGGCAAGGAGAUGAAAAUUGUCUACGGGAAAGGCAGCUCAAAUAUUAUAGCCAAAUUGCGGGGUACGUAUAACACUCCGGCCACCGCUCCAGCACCUGGCGUGUCUACCGAACUUCAAAAAUCUAUCUUCAAUGCUCCACCUUCGGCAAUGGCUCCAGCCACCACCAUUACCACAACGACCACCACGACAUCGCCCCCCGCUGUCCCUGUAUCCCAACCCACAAGCGAAGGUCCACAAGGCGUCAAACGGCCCCGUGAAGAAGACGAGAGUGGGGGAGAGGCACCAAUGGAGGAAGAUGACAGUGACGUGUCGAUGGAGGCUUCAUCCGAUGAAGAUUAG